UGGCCUACUGCUUUGCACACCAGACACACAGACAGAGCAGCAUGGAGACACUUCUUUUUCUAUUUCCUCAAUUUACCUACAUGGCCCCAAAGGAGGAAGCAUAUUUCAAAAUGUUGGGUGCAGAAGACGCACAGGCAGCAAAGAUGAAGGACGACAGUAGCAGACAAAACGAGAAGGAGAGAAAGAGCCGCUUCAGCCUUUUUCUUACCAAGUCGGGCUCCCAUGAAAACAUCAGUCCCCAGAAAAAGACAAAUACAACACUGAGCAACAUUUCACCAGAGACAGCCUUGCAAUGGAGCGACUCAUUUGAGGAUCUGCUAAAGCAUCCAGAUGGGGUGGAAGCCUUCACUCAGUUUCUCCGGACAGAGUUCAGUGAAGAAAACAUUGAGUUCUGGUUGGUCUGCGAGGAAUACAAAUCCAUCGACUCUAAAUCAAAGCUGCUGUCCAAAGCCAAAUAUAUUUAUACGGUUUUUAUCGAAUCCGAGGCCCCCAAAGAGGUCAACAUUGACUAUAACACCAAGAUGGCCAUCAAGGCCAACAUGUCACACCCAACAAGGAGCACUUUUGAAGCCGCUCAGAUGAAAGUCUACAGCCUGAUGAAAAAGGACUGCUACCCCAGGUUCCUGCACUGUGACAUUUACCUGCGCCUCACCCGGAGGAAGGGUCCCGGAGCCACCAUGUUCCGCAGAAGGUCACGCUCCUGCGUGUUCAACGAGAGGGGGGAACCAACCCAGCCCUCAGCCUGGUAGAGGGAAUAUUGCAAAGACAUUGCUUGGAAUGGAUUCCCAAUCAUCUAGCAGAUAAUCUUUCAUCUGCAGCACAGUUGUGUAAAAAAAAAUUAAUCCACAGGCUUUCUUCUGCAGAGUGCAAUAGAUAUAUAUAUAUAAAUAUAUUGGUUUUUUUUUGUUUUUGUUUUUUUAUCAAAGCACCAUAAGAACUACUCAAUAAGGAUUUCAUUUAAAGGUACAUUUUGGGAAAUUUACUUUUUGUCAAAAUUAAAAAUAAAAUACAAACUUUCCCAUGAGGAUGCUGGAGGUAUUGAUUUUGACAAACUAUAAUAAAUGGGAACCCAGGAAAGUCCUACAUGAUAAUCAUAUCUACAUGCACUGCAGAUUAGCAAAUGAAGGAAAGAGCAACACUCAAAUUUUCAAAGCUGUUUGGUGUAUUUAGCACAAGGAAAAUGGCAGCACAUUCACUAAUAACUGGGACACAGAUCAACAUAUGAAUAAAGUAAGACAGAAUUGGUAUAAACAGAAGAACCAGUGGAGCUGUUAAAAAGCUACAAGAUGAAAUCCGUUUUUCUAAAACUAAAGUUCUGUAUCUUCUGUAGCUUAUUUUCUUGGCUGUUAUAGCUUUUUUUCUCUUGGUAUAAAAUAAAAAAAAAGUUUUCUUUUUUAGUAAAUUUAAAUACUUGUAGUUUUUUUCUCCAUGAUACAUCAAAAGUAGCAAUUUAGUAAAUAGUAUUUUUGAUCAAUCACCUCUCAUAGACAGUAGUAAUAAAAGAAAACAUCAGUUGCAUUUGCAGAUGAUCUGGUCAUUUUCUGGUUGCACUCAGAUCUUGCAGGGCUCAGAUGACAGUUGCAAAGAUGCAGACCGAGUCACAGACUUGCUGUUGACAGUAUCUCGUCAGACAAGCAGGCAGCUUUCCUGAUGUAAGCCGCAGCACACUCCAGCUCCUUUGUCCUCCAGUCCACCAGUCGCACCUCAUGCAACAUUAAUACUGUUGAUAUGGCGCACAUGCUAGUGUGACAGCCUCUCAUUAAAAUGUAAAGAUUUUAUCCCUUGCACUGUUCCACUCCCCCAACCAUAACAACUGUACAGCAACUGUUUAAAAGAAGCGGAAUGAAGGAUGUGUUACUCUGCAGAAGCUUAAAAUCUCACCAAGUUUUUUAUCUGAUCCUAAUCUCUAUUAAUUUGAUACAUUUGAUAGAAGGCAGUGACUUGCUUUUUUUGAGAAAGAUAUUGCUAAAUAUUGUGGUUUUAAACAAAAUUCAAUAGAAGAUAAAAAAAUAUGGUAAAAGAAAAGUCAUUCAAUCUCACUAAUCAGCUGUGUUUUUAUGCCAAAACGAUUUUAACAAAGAAUUUGACAAAAACACUUUAGGAUUUAGAGAUUUUACAGUGAAUGUUUGUGAAUAAUAACAAUAUUACACUUAUUGACAACAGAUGCUGUCUUUCAGUUUGCAAUAACGAUUAAUUUAUGUGUAUUUUUAAUCAUACAUGUUGGCACAACUGUUGUAAAAUGUAUAUUUUAUAUGCUGAGCAAGUGAAAUAAACACUUUUGUGUAACAGCA